AUGGAGGAAAAGAUCAUGGCUAUGCUGGCAAAAAUGGAUGAGAAAAUAGACGCGAAAAUGGAGAAAAUGGACGAGAAAAUGGACGCAAGAAUGGAAAAAAUGGGGAAAGAAAUGAAAGAGGAGAUGGGCGCAAGAAUGGAAACAAUGGAUGCGGAAAUGGAUGCAAUAAACAAAGAAAUGGACGAGAAAAUGGACUCAAGAAUGGAAAAGAUAGACGCAAAGAUGGACCCAAGAAAUAAAGGAAUGGAUGAAAAAAUGAGCGCAACAACAGAAGAAAUGAACGGAAAGAUGGACGCAAGAGGUGAGAAAAUGAAUGCAACAAUAGAAGAAGUGAACGACAAAAUGAAAAUGAUGGAAGUAAAUCAGCCUAACUGA